CUUAAUUAAGCCACAUAAUUCCAUAAAAUUCUAGAUAUAUUAUGGUAAAAAAAUUUAGUUAUUCGUUUCUCAAAAAAUGGAAAGCAUCGUUCUAAUUCGUUAACAUAUUAACUGUUAUCUAAAUUUCUUCUCUAAAAUUCAAGAGGCUUUCUGAAAUAUUUCACUUUAUCAGAAGCAUGUUGUCAAGUGUAGAAACUAUUUAAAAAUAUCUUGUUACCGACACAAGAUUGCAGUAUUCGGUGGUUUGUAAAACUAUCACGAUGGUCAAGAAAAUAUUGGUCGCGUUAUGUUUGUCGAUUAACGUUGCUUCUCUGCUUGGAACUCCUGAUAUUAUACUACCAAACGGUCCAAUCAGAGGGAAAGAAGCAACAACAAUUAAAAAUACGCAUUACUAUGCUUUUGAAAAAAUUCCAUAUGCAAUGCCUCCUCUGGGACAAUUACGUUUCAAAGCUCCCAUACCUCCAGCAAAUUGGGAUGAACCUUUGGAUACUAUUGACAUGGAUGUAGUAUGUUAUCAACAACCAUCCAAUAAUGAAUAUGAGUCAGAAGACUGUCUUUAUCUCAAUGUUUUCACCCCUCAGCUUCCUGAUGAUAAUAACGAUCUAAGACCGGUUAUGGUAUAUAUACAUGGUGGUGGUUUUGUUGGUGGUUCUGGUAGACACACCUAUGGUGAUCGUAUAAUUGACCAAAAUCUUGUUUUUGUUGCUGUCAACUACAGAUUGGGACCUUUUGGUUUUUUGUCAACACAAGAUGAAGUAAUUCCGGGAAAUAAUGGUCUAAAAGAUCAACACUUAGCCUUAAAAUGGGUUCAUGACAACAUCCACUUAUUUGGUGGCGAUCCUGAUAAGAUAACUAUUUUUGGACAAAGUGCCGGGUCUGCCUCUUGUGCUUAUCAGUUAAUAAAUCAACAAAAUAAAGGUUUGUUUCAAGGGGCUAUUUUACAAAGUGGAUCAUUUUUGAGUCCUUGGGCUUUUCAAAGAAGGGCAAGGGAAAUUGCUUUUGACACUGCUGCUUUUAUAAAUGAUACGUUUAAAACAAAUCGCGAUUCAAAAACUUUGUUAGAAUUUUUGCAAAGUGUAGAUGCAAAAGCUAUAGAUAGAGCGUCUGAACAAUAUCAUGAUUCGGAGUCAAGUCCUGAAGAUACGGAAAUCUUGCAAGGGUUCUAUUGGGCUCCAGUUGUGGAAAUCAAAAAUCCGGAUGCUUUUCUUACAAAAAAAAUGUAUGGCUUGCUCCAAGCUGGUAAUGUGGUUGGUGUUCCUAUUUUAAUUGGAAUGACAUCAGAGGAGUCUCUUGCUUUUAAUACAAAUGCAGAUGUUUUAAAAAAUGUCAUGACCGUUUAUGACGAAAAUUUAGAUUGGUUGGUACCAAAUGACAUGGAAGUAACUGAUGAAAAUAAUCGUACUACGAUUGGAUCAAAAAUACUGGACAUAUACACAGGUGGUAAUCCUCUAGCUGGUCAUCUCGGCGACGGUGUUCGGUACUCUAGUGACACUUCAUUUACAAGAUCUAUUAUAAAGCAUGCUGAAAUUUAUUCUGCAUUUGCCGAUACAUACUUUUAUCAAUUUUCCUACGACGGUGAAUUAGCUGGAUUCAAUGUUCAUUAUGAUGGUGCUGAAAGUGUUGCUCAUAGUGAAGAUUAUGCAUACAUUUUUUGUGGGGGAACAGCUUGCAAUGUUAGUAAAUAUCCAGAAUCUGAUCAAACAACAGUUGACAGAAUAAUUGCAAUUUGGACCAACUUUGCUAAGUACCAAAACCCAACUCCAGAACCAGCUGAACUUCUGCAAAAUAUUACGUGGCCUAAAGUUUCCACUGAAGAUGGUGACUUUUUAUACGUUGACAUAAAUGAAAAUCUAGAAAUAAAAAAUCAUCCAAAAGAAGAAACGUACAAAAAGUGGAUUGAAAUUUAUGAUGGUUUGGGGUAUUCAGAUUUUGACACAUAUUAAACAACCUCAAGUAGCAACAUUCGUCAUUAACUGCAUUUAGUUCCAUUUAUAUGUUUUGUUUUGUAAUUUUAAGUAUGAGUAUGAGUGUUUAAAAUAAUUAGCUCUACUAAGAAUUAGUUUACAUUGUUAAAAUUUGGUUAGAAAAGAAAUAAAUGAUAAUUCUAUACAAUGUUGACUUUUAUAAUCCACUUAUUCCUACAAGCAUAAUCAAUAAUAACUAUUGUUGUUAAGUUACCAAUGACCUGCAGCGGUACAAAAACGGAAUGUGUAAAAAUUUAAAUAAAACCGCAAGUAAGUAUACUUGUAUGAAUUACUUGUCAGUUCCUAUUAUAUUUUUUUUUGUACUGCGGUUUCCACAUAUUGACACAAUUUAUUUUUGAACGUUGAUAUUUAAUUUUUGAUAUUUUAAUAAUUGUACGCUUAAAUUGAGCCAAAUUUCUUGAUUGAUUUUUUUAUAUCAAAUUUAAAAAUAUUUUUGCGAAACGUGGUUUCGUCGUCACUAUACAUAAGCUAUAUCAAUUUAAAAAUUAAGCUAGCAGAAAAUAAAUAUUUACUACCGUUUUA